UUGCGAAUUUUUACUUGCGUUGCUCCAUAUGAUGAUACGUGUUGGAAACCUGCGACUUUACGGUUACGUUUAAGAAAUUUUUACGUGCAAAGGCUUUUACUGUCAUUGUAGACCACGUUUUAAAGAUCGCGCCGCAACCGGCAGCAGUGCAAACAAAACAAACAGGCCUAGUGAAAUUGCUCACGCCAAGUCGGAUUGGGCAACGUGGAUGUAUUCGUCCUUUUCUUAGCUGCAUUAUGUUACAUUUUCUAUAUUUGGAAUGAAAUAGAUAGAUAUUGAGACCUUUUGAAGAAAGACUGAGAGGGAAAGAGAAAUAUUUCGUGAAAAUACAGAGAAUACAGUUAAAAAAGUACACAUGAUUUUCAGGUUACGGCUUGGAGAAUUAAACGCCAUCUCGUCAAACGGCUGUUCCGCAACCCAACCUAAUGUGUCUGAAAAAGAUAAGACGCGGUGACGUGCAUCUGUAUGCUGAAAUUGUAUUUCAACGACCGAAAAUGCGUGGUGCGCGAUCAAAGAUCACGUAAUACCUCACCUUGCAUUCCCUGUCUGACAACAAGACUUUGCUCUCAGCGAUAUUUUUCAAUUUCAUGUUUUUGAAAUUUAACAUAACCUUCAAACCAUGUACGGGUAAAAACAUUCUCACGAGGGAUGUCGACGUAUUUAAUUGAGAGGAACAAGAUAUUUAAUUAACGUGCAGUGUACGCUGCCUACAGUGUCUGAAGCUCAUAUACACACAAUGGGAGAAAUAAACGUGUGUUUCCAAAUUGAUACUGACAAUCGUGAGAACUUCUCAUCCUCCUUUGCAUUUCAAACUUUUAGAAAACAGAGAGAUGCUUUUUAUGAUAUAUUACGAAUCUGGGAGGAAAAUCACUCAGUACCAGGAUGGGUGUUUCAAAUUGCACUGGGCAGUAAAAUACGAUCUAUGUUAACGUUACACAAUGAUUCCACUAAUUAUUAUCAUAUUGCUAGGUUAUUUAAGUCUCAGUUGCUGAUAUCAUGUAUACAAAAUGGACAUCAAGAUGAUAUGGUGGAUGAUGAGAGUUUGAAUUUCUUGAAAGCGUUGAAACAUGUUAAUCCUGAAAAAUUAACACAACUUAGUAAAAGAUUUGUGACUCCCUUGCCAUCACAAAGUCACAAUGGCCCUUCAUUUCCUGGCAUACAGGAAUUUUUUAAAGAUUUUAUAUUACAUGCAUUCAAUCCAAUAUUUUAUUCUCAUUUAGAGAAUUGUUUUGUGUAUGAGAUAAUGGAGCUGAAUGAUAACCAGUUUGCUAACAGUGAAAUAGAAGACUUAGAAACGAUGGUUGAUGAAAAAACACAACAAAACUUUACUACUUGUUUAUCCAGUCUAAGGCUACUUGCAAAAGUAUUAGGACUUUUAGUGUCAUUGCCAUACAGGUCUGAAUCUACUACUAAGGAGAUAAUAAUGACACAAGUGGAGAUAAGAAGCAAGGUUUUACCAUCAUUGAAUUUACAAGCAUGUCUUCAAAAUGCUAUAAUCGAGGGAAAACUCUCAUUGACGAUACCUUGGAUAGUGAAGUACUUAGCCAUGAUGGAUGUAGUAUCUCUUCGUUUACCCUACUAUAAGCAAGUUUUAGAGCUACUCUAUUGCGUUUACUGUGCUAUCAAUCAUAUCGAUUUCUCCGCUCCUGACUGCCUGAUUUCUCAACAAGCAGUUGUGCUCCUCAAAUCCAGUUUAUGCUGGCUGUUUGAAUUGCCGAAUUUCCCCAAAGACUUUUACAUCAUUUGGCAGAGUACUUGCAAGAUCAAGGAACUAAAAACUCUCAAGCAAAUGGAGAAAUCUUCCGUUCAAAAAAGGAACUCUCAUUGUGUCACUGACUGUGCAAUUUCCGUCAAAUGUAAUUUGGACAAACUGGACAUAAUUACCGACAGAACAAUGCGCAUGUGUUGUCCGCGAACAGACUCGACAAUCUCUGUGUUAAACGGUACUGGGACGAAUCUAAGUAUCAGUUCCAACAAACAUGUCACGCCAGUUACCAGUCAACUGCGCAAACUUAACGGCGGCACACGUGCUAAGCAUUUAGAGCUUCAGCUGGAAGAAGCAUUUUUUCAUGGCCAACCGGCUUCCACUCGGAAAACCGUCGAUUUCGUUUCCGACAGAGUUGCGUCAACUUGCGUGAAGCAUAUAUGCAACACGAUGCUGUCCUCUUCGCGAGAAGCUAAUUUGAAUUCUUUCCGAAAAAUCUUGAAACAAAUGCACAUUGAGAGAGAUUCUGAAACGCAAAGCGAAUCUUCUAUGAAUUAUAUUAAGGAAUUUAAGGAUCUUCUUGCGAAUGACAUGAAUACUUUGGCCAAUAACGUGUCGAAAGAGUUGAAGGAGCAGUGCGAAAAAACGAUUCCGAUGAUUUGCGAGACGCGAGUCACAACAGCGAUAGAAUCGCUACUUGCGGAAGACUCUUUGACACCGGUGAAGGAGAUGUGCAUAAAGAUUACGACUAGGAUGGCUAUGGAACGGAUAUAUCAGUGGAUUCAAUCGCACAUCGUCGGUGGUUCGUUAUUCAUCAAGGACAUGGAACUCGAGAUCAAUAGAUUUCUUCGGAAUAACAGUCCGGUGCAUACCAAGCAAGAGAAACGUCACAGUUCAGACGCUCCUAGUCCUACUGUUGUGAUAGACAAACUCAGAGUGUAUAUUUCUACUUUGUAUCUUUUUACAGGAAUAAUAUGGGACAUGGUAGAUAAUAGAGGGGAAAGUAUGACUAUGUCUUCAGUAUUGGAUAUUUUAGACAAAAUGUAUUGUAUUCAUCAGAGGGCUGAUCUGUUACCGGGACCGGAAAAAGUCUUAUAUAAUCUCAGUAUCGACUUCUCCCUAUUUUUAGUUGCAUACAGAUCGGACCUCUUUGCACGAGAGGUACAAGAUAAAUUAAUCAAGAUAUGGUCGUUGGAUUGUUUGAAAGACGACCAAGACGACUCACCCAUGCAUAGGCUAUUUUGUCCUCGAAAUAUGAUGUUGUUUGCGCAACCGGAAAACGAUAUAAUGUGGCCGAUCUACGGUAAAUUUUUAAGGAGGUUAUUAGAAGCCGAAAUACUCGAUGGAGACAGUCUAAGUGAUCAGUGUGUAGCCUUGUUCAGACAGGACUGGCCUGUGCCUUUGUUAAAACUUUUAUCAAAAUGUCUCACCGAGGCUAUCGAAGGCUACAAAGCUACCGAUGAGGCAACGGAAAAAAUCAAGUAUUUCCUGGGCUGGAUAGCCGAGACAUAUCACGAGAUUGAAUUUUGCAACGAGUACGAUGUAUAAACUGAGCCAUGACGACUAGUUAAGACGCUGUUCUACGAUCAGAAAGUACGAAUUGUUGAGGUCAUUUAUUGUAAAUAAUAUACUUUAUCGCUUCGUGCACAUGUAUAUUGUGUAAAUUUUACAAUUCGACUUUCUAAUGUCUGAUUAAUUAGAAAUACUUUCGUUAUUCUAUGUAUGUAUGCACGCGACACGAGAUAGAAUUUUACGAAUAAGUAAGAAUAAAUUUUAACUUUUUGUAUUUGAUGGUAAUCGAUCGAAAUAUAUGACGAUAUAUUUUUCGCUAA